CCUGUUGUUGCUCUCAGAGACGCCAGGGGGCAUCGCUUUGUCUUGUGCCUGAGACCGACUGUCCAUAAAGUACGAGAAUAUUUGAUGCAGUGCUGCAGUGACGAGGCUUUGCACAUCGUGUGCAUUAACCAUCGCCGGGCGGGCAGGCAGGCAGGCAGACAGAGAGGGAGACAGGCAGACAGACAGCUUUCCUGCAGGGAAGGAAGGAAGGCAGUCAGUGGGACGGAGAACCAGCCUUCGAGACAGUGGCGAGCCAGCGUUCUGUAAUCCAGAGUCGGGAGUCAGUGCAGAAACACCUUCUGGAUAGAAAAAAAGACGUCAUUGGUUUUUGUAGCGCUGAAUUUAAACCUUGGCACAAGUGAUGAGAGGAGUUGCCGGGUGACGAGGGAUUUAAGGACAAGAGUGAACGAUGGCUCCGUUUCUUCGGAUUUCGUUCAACUCGUUCGAAGUUGGAGCCGUGCAGAAUUCGCCAGACCCCUUCCUCGCGGUCAAGAUGAAGGAAGCCAUGACGACAGAGCGGGGCAAAACACUCUUCCAGAAGAAGCCCACCAUGUACCCCGGCUGGAAAUCCUCCUUCGAUGCUCACAUCUAUGAAGGCCGUGUGAUCCAGAUCGUUCUGAUGAAGACAGCAGAGGAGUCUUUAUCCGAAGUGACUGUUGGGGUCUCGGUGCUCGCUGAGCGGUGCAAGAAAGGCAACGGCAAAGCCGAAUUUUGGCUGGACUUGCAGCCUCAGGGGAAGGUGCUCAUGUCGGUUCAGCUGUUCCUGGAGGACAAUGAUUGUCAUCAGGCUGUUAAGGAGGAAGACGGGGCAGUGACCCUGACCCGCAGGAGGGGGGCCAUCAAACAGGCCAAGAUCCACUACAUCAAGAAUCAUGAGUUCACGGCCACGUUCUUCAGGCAGCCGACCUUCUGCUCCGUCUGCAGGGACUUCGUUUGGGGGCUGAACAAGCAGGGCUAUCAGUGCAGGCAAUGCAACGCUGCUAUUCACAAGAAGUGUAUCGACAAAAUCAUCGGGAGAUGUACCGGCACAGCUACCAACAGCAGAGACACCGUGUUUCAGAAGGAGCGCUUUAACAUCGACGUACCUCAUAGGUUCAAGUCUAAUAACUACAUGAGCCCAACCUUCUGCGAUCACUGCGGCAGCCUGUUGUGGGGUCUGGUGAAGCAAGGGUUAAAGUGCGAAGAAUGUGCAAUGAAUGUGCAUCACAAGUGCCAGACCAAGGUGGCAAAUAUGUGCGGCAUCAACCAGAAGCUGAUGGCAGAGGCCCUGAACCAGAUCAGUAUGAAAUCGUCCACAAGGAAGUCCGAUGGGAGUACGGGCGACAACUCCAGCGUGGGCAUUUACCAACAAUUCGGGACUCCAGGUGCCGCAAACCUGGACAAUAUAGAUUCUGGCCAAUACGGACGAUUGUGGGAGGGCGUCUCCCCGAAGCCUCCCGCCAGGGGUCCCAGCCUCCGCCACGAAACCCUGAAGAAAAUGACCCUGGAGAACUUUACCUUCCACAAGGUGCUGGGGAAAGGCAGCUUCGGGAAGGUGCUGCUGGCGGAGCUGAAAGGGAAGAACAAAUUCUUUGCCAUCAAAGCCCUGAAGAAGGACGUGGUGCUAAUGGACGACGAUGUGGAGUGCACCAUGGUGGAGAAGCGGGUGCUGGCGCUGGCCUGGGACAACCCCUUCCUCACCCACCUCUACUGCACUUUCCAAACCAAGGAGCAUCUCUUCUUUGUGAUGGAGUAUUUGAAUGGUGGUGACCUCAUGUUCCACAUACAGGACAAAGGUCGCUUCGAUCUUUACAGAGCAAUGUUUUACGGAGCUGAAAUAAUCUGCGGUUUACAGUUCCUGCACUCGAAGGGGAUCAUUUACCGUGACCUCAAGCUGGACAACGUGAUGCUGGACAUGGACGGACACAUUAAAAUCGCCGACUUCGGCAUGUGCAAAGAGAACGUUUUCGGGGAGAACAGAGCAACGACAUUCUGCGGCACACCCGACUACAUCGCCCCCGAGAUUCUGCUGGGACAGAAGUACACCUUCUCCGUGGACUGGUGGUCGUUCGGGGUGCUGCUGUACGAGAUGCUGAUCGGACAAUCCCCUUUCCACGGCGACGAUGAGGAUGAGCUGUUCGAGUCGAUCCGAGUGGAUGUCCCACAUUACCCUCGCUGGAUAACCAAGGAAUCCAAAGACCUUCUCGAGCAGCUGUUUGAACGAGAUCCGUUGAAGAGACUCGGCAUUACAGGGAACAUCAAACUCCAUUCCUUCUUCAAAACAAUCAACUGGUCCGAGCUCGAGAAUAGGGAGAUAGACCCGCCCUUCAAACCCAAAGUGAAAUCCGCAGGUGACUUCAGCAACUUCGACCGGGAAUUCUUGAGCGAGAAGCCUCGCCUGUCUCAGGGGGAGAAGAAUCUGAUCGACUCCAUGGAUCAGACGGCCUUCGCUGGAUUCUCCUUCACCAAUCCCAACAUGGAGAGACUGGUCGCGAAUUAAUAGCGUCUGCCCGAGCCGUGCAUGGGGCAUUCAUAGCAAUGCAUCAGUUUCCCCCCCCCCCCCGCCUCCAAAAAAAAAAAAACCCUCGUCUUGAUCCAUACUCCAGGUCGGUCGGUGUCGGGGGCAAAACCCGAAUUGGGGGGAUGGUCGUGUGAGGGUUGGGGGGGGGGGGGGUGGGGGAGAGAGAGAGAGAGGAAAGUAUUGGAUCAUCAGCUAAUCAGUAUCUGUUAACCCAAUGGAAUCCUCAGUAAAUUGUCAUUUUCUUUUCCUGUCCACAUCAUGUCUCCUCUUUCGCCCCCUCCUCCCCCACCACCAC